CACGAAUAUUUAAAACAGGAAAAAUAUUUUUCAACUAUAAAAGCUAAGCUCCUAUAAUAGUGACUCAUGAUUCCGCUCCGCCUCACCAAUUCCUGCAACUGAAGAUCGGAAAAUCAACUCAAAUGGCGAGCUGCAAUUUACCAAGACGAAUCAUCAAGGAAACACAGCGGCUCCUAGAUGAACCAGCUCCUGGAAUUAGUGCUUUGCCUUCGGAAGAGAACAUGCGCUAUUUCAAUGUAAUUAUACUCGGUCCUGCCCAAUCUCCAUAUGAAGGAGGUGUAUUCAAGCUCGAAUUGUUUCUACCUGAAGAAUAUCCUAUGGCACCUCCAAAGGUGCGCUUUCUUACAAAAAUAUAUCAUCCUAACAUUGACAAGCUUGGUAGGAUUUGCCUGGAUAUUCUGAAAGAUAAAUGGAGUCCAGCCCUCCAGAUACGAACUGUAUUGCUGAGCAUACAAGCACUCAUUAGUGCCCCAAAUCCCGACGAUCCACUUUCUGAGAACGUUGCCAAACAUUGGAAGGCUAAUGAAAGUGAAGCUGUCGAAACAGCAAAGGAGUGGACACGCUUGUAUGCAACCGGUGCAUGAGAUGUAUAGUAGGAAAAAAAUGCUACGCAUUCUGGCACAUCAACUGGGAUUAAGAGCUUUCAAUCGCUUGGUGGGGAGUUUACCUGCACAGGCAGAAGGAGGGUCCUAUUCCCACUACCCGGCCAAGCCAAGGAAGUCAAACUUCACGCUGCACUGCUAGUAUACACACUUACGCAGACGAGAGCUGUACCUUCCAAUUGAAAGGCUGCAAGUUAGUUAGUAAAUGAUGAACUUCGGAUAAUGAUAGCUAUUCACUUUUGUACAUGUAGAGUACGUGAGGACUUAAAAGGUCCAAAUUACCCCUGUUCAUGUAAUCUUUAUAAAUACCCCUUCUUCUCGCAGUA